AUGGCUACAUCAUCUCCACCUGCAACUAAUGUAACACCACAACAAAUUGGUAAAGCAUUUGUUGUUCAAUAUUAUCGUCUUCUUCAUGAACAUCCUGAAUCUUUACAUCGGUUUUUUUCUGCAUCAUCAACAUUUAUGCAUGAUGAUCCAACAAAAACUGUAACUGGUAUAGAAGCAAUCGCUAAACGCAUUGAAGAAUUAUCAUUAAAACAGCGUCAUGUUAAAAUUCGUCAAGUUGAUUGUCAUUUAACUGUGGGUUCAUCAAUUGUUAUACAGGUUUGUGGAGAAAUAUCAUCAGCACCAAUAACUGAUACUCAAACUCAACCGAUUAUGAAACGUUUUGUUCAAACAUUUGUAUUAACACCAGCAGAUACUUCAAAGCAAAAAUAUUAUGUACACAAUGACAUAUUUCGCUAUCAAGAUACUACAACAACACUUUUAACAAAUGAUAAUAAUACAAAAACAUCGAUGACAAUAACGAAUAAUAAUGAAGUGACAUCAUUUGAUACCCAGUCUGUUACAACAACUUCACCAACAGUAAUUGAAACACCAAUAGCACCGUCACCUUCAACCAAUGUUGAAUUUUUCGAUAAUACAAUUAUUGAAAAAAAAGAAGAUAAAACUGAAACGAAGGCUUCUUCAGUUGCAAAUAUAACUCCACCAGUAACACCAGUUGUUGAACAAACGAAAACUCAAGAAAAAGAGCAAACAAUGAAACCGAAAUCAUAUAGAGAUGCAAUUGGUAAAAAAGAAAAAUCUGCUACUACUUCAGCUGAAAGCCAACCAACAUCGGCAACAACAACAACAACAACUGCAGGAACAAAAUCAAAUAAAUCAAAUAAACAACAAAAAAAAGCAGCAAAAGCUAGUGGUAAUAAUAAUCGAGCAGCAGCAGCACGUGGUCAUCCACAAGAUGCUAAUGAUUAUUAUGAUGAUUCUUGGUAUUAUGGCGCUGGUGAAGAAGGUUAUUUAUCGACUGGUUAUACAGAUGAUCAAGAAAUAUUUGUCGGAAAUCUUUCAGCUCAAGUAACAGAAAAUGAAAUUCAUGAAUUGUUUCGACCCUAUGGCACUCUUUUACUUGUUCGCAUCGGUAACACAGGAUCUCAAGUUGGUGCAGCAAAUUUUGCUUUUGUUGUUUGUCAAUCAAUCGAAAUGGCUAAAGCGAUUGUAGCUGAUCAUGAAAAUCUUCUAAAAACACAAAAAAUAAAUGUUGAGGCUAAAAAACGUCGUCCUUUUUCUCAUACAUUUCGUCCUACAUAUCCAACAGCUGCUUCUCCAACAAGUUAUCAAUCAACUGGUUAUCCUUCCUCGUUUUAUAAUCACUCACCAUAUUAUGAAGGUAUUUCAGCUCGUGGCGCUCGACGUGGUGGAAGAGGAGGAGCGAAAUAA